CCGACCUCCUCCUGCUGUGCUAAAAUACGAACUCAAAUCUCUAAUUUCGCCACUAUCUAUUACCUACUUAAUUUUGUAAUAUAUAAGAAGUUAUAAUUUUGUUUAAAAAAUAUUAUAGUUAACUAUAAUACCUCAAAAUGCCUAUUCACAGAAUAGUUACGUUCUCUAGCAUGUUCUUACAAUGUAAUCGUGCAAAACCAGUAAUGAAAAUAAAUAUCCAUCAACUCAACACAUGCAGAUUUUUAACUGCGGAGCGAUCUAAACACACAAAAACCUUAAAAACAGAGAAAGAAAAGUUACGUGUUUUCGUAGUCCAGAGAUACAUAGAUUAUGUAAAGAAUUAUACCAAAGUUUUGGAGGUUAGAUUCCCUACUGCUGUGAGGAUGUACAGAGUGUUCAGUGUGGGCAUAAAGGACUUUUUAAAAGACUUAAAAACUUACAUAUCAUUAAGGUUUAAAAUUACCAGAGAUCAGGGAUUCUCUAAAAUGAGUCGGCAAGAGAUUGAGUUGUAUGAAAAAAUGCCUUCAGAUAUGUGGAGGAUAGCCCCAGUGCUGAUACUAUCAGCAAUCCCCUUCGGAAAUUACGUCAUAUUCCCAUUGGCGUUCCUGAAGCCAAAAUCUCUCCUCUGCUCUCACUUCUGGUCCAUACAACAACGCCUAGAUUUUUCCACUCAAGAUUUGACAGACCGCCUCAAGCACAAUAGGCCAGUAUUCCGGGCAUUGCAGGCCAAACUGGAUUCCAUACCUGAAGGGGAUCUCAAACGGCGCUGGCAAAAAGUGGUCGCUCUUCUUGGAUCUGGGGUCCAUCCUAUGCCGGAAGACGUGUUGGCCUGCCAGGAAUUGUUCACAAAGGAACCUUACCAUUUGAACGGCCUGACCUACCAUCAUAUGGGUGAACUACUACAAAUGCAUGGACUUAAGAAGCGUGUAUUUAGACUGAAUAAACUGAAAUACCGUGCUUUCCUUCUCCUGGAAAUGGAUAGAGCUAUAAUCAGGGAAGGGGGAGUGGACAUGCUCAAUAUGGAGACCUUAAGAUAUGCAUGUCACAUAAGAGGACUGAACGGCAGCCAUUUAUCAAAUAAUGACAUGAGGGAUUGGCUACAAAAAUGGCUUCAAAUAUCACAACAACUCGACAAAAACUCGUACUCUUUAAUAUUACACUGUCCCAUAUUCUUGGCUUAUAACCACCCCCAAAACUGGGUCCUUAUUUAUUAAUUGUGGCAAUAAUUGUUGUGUGGCUGUUGUUAUUCGAUAUUUACUAUCGCUAUUUUUGGACUGUUGUUGUAUUUAGAUGUUUAUUUAUUAACAGUAUUUAUAUCUUUGUAAAAGAUAAUGACAAAUAACAAGUGUUUUUAUGAUUGGUUGGCGCAAAGCAAUAAUGCACAUUUUAUGUUUUUGAAGUGUAAGUUGCGCUGCUGCGAAAUACAAAUAAAUUUUA